AUGCAUCCCCGAGGGAAAAACCUGGCGCUUUCCGCCGUUUCCAUCAUGCUGCUGGCCUGCGUGUUCUUCAUGAGGAAGGAGGCAAAGCUGGCAGCAUCCUCAGCAGACCAGAAAGUAGAUGAUGUGAAUCACAAACCGAAGUCUUUGGCUCCGGACAGUGCUGAACCCAGCAAGUGUUUGCCGGACCUGACCCUUGCUAACUCUUCUCAUGCCCUUCCGGAAGUUCACCGUGUCUUCUUAACCUACAAGCACUGCCGCAACUUCUCAGUCCUGCUGAAGCCUUCCAGGUGUGGCAAAGAGACAUUCCUCCUGCUGGCCAUCAAGUCUUCUCCCAUCAACAUAGACCGGCGGGUGGCAAUCAGGAACACAUGGGGGAAGGAGGUCUCCAUUGGUGGCAGGCGCAUCCGGCUGGUCUUCCUUCUGGGGCUCUCAGAGGCCAAAAUCCAGGCACAGCCCCUGCACCAGCUGCUGACUUACGAGAGCCAGGAGUUUCAUGACAUCUUGCAGUGGGAUUUCGUUGACAACUUCUUCAAUUUGACCCUCAAGGAGCUGCAUUUCCUGCGCUGGUUCAUGGAGGACUGCCUGCACACCAGGUUUGUGCUGAAGGGCGAUGAUGAUGUCUUUGUCAACACUUACAACAUCAUCGAGUUCCUCCAAGAACUGGACCCUGACCAGAAUCUCUUUGUUGGGGAUGUGAUCACCAAUGCCCGGCCCAUCAGGAACACCAAGGUUAAAUACUUUAUUCCAGAGUCCAUGUACAGAGCCUCCUUCUAUCCCCUCUAUGCAGGUGGAGGGGGCUAUGUGAUGUCCAGAGAGACAGUGCGUCGUCUCCAGGGCACUGCAGAGGACACAGAGCUCUUCCCAAUAGAUGAUGUCUUUGUGGGAAUGUGUCUGGCAAAAAUGGCAGUGACUCCAAAGAACCAUGCUGGCUUUAAGACUUUUGGGAUCCAGAGACCUUUCAAUCCUUUUGAUCCAUGCUUGUACAAAGAGCUGAUGGUUGUGCACAAGCUAAACCCAACUGAGAUGUGGAUCAUGUGGACGCUAGUCAAGGAUGACAGCCUCAGGUGUGCGGUGUCAGUAACAUACAACUAUAGAGGGGGUUGGAAAUGA